AUGGGCUUGGCAGGGCCACUUGACUCUCUUGACUUCUCGGCGUUGGGAUCGCUCCACCAUCUUAAUCUCUCAUACAACCAGUUCGGUGGGGUAAUUCCUCCGACCAUCUCGACUCUCUCCAGGCUCGUAUCUCUUGAUCUCACUAGCAAUCAGUUCAUAGGCAAAAUCCCAGUUGAGAUGGGCUCCAUGAAAGAUAUCCAGUUCUUGAGUCUUAGCCAAAAUCAAAUAAUUGGUGCUAUUCCUCCAUCUCUGGGCAACCUCACCGACCUUGUGUACUUGUACCUCCACGAUAAUAAGCUUGCGGGUGUCAUUCCUAAGGAGUUAGGGAGGCUUCACGAGUUGAUGGAUCUGGAUAUUGGGGCCAAUAGACUAUUUGGUUCGAUCCCUUCUAUUUUAGGAAAUUUGACAAAGCUCUACCUCUUGGAUCUUUACCAAAACCAAUUGACUGGAGUCAUCCUUCAAGAAUUGGGAAAUCUAGUUAAUCUCACCUACUUAUCAAUCUCCGAUAAUAAUCUAACAGGCGGAGUUUUAUCUUCUUUCCGAAACCAAACCAAGCUACAAUUAUUUUUGCUAUCGAAAAAUCAACUCUCAGGUUCUAUCCCUUUUGAGAUUGGAAACCUCGUUGAGGUUACGUAUCUCGACUUCUCAGAAAAUCUAUUAACAAAUUCAAUUCCUUCCUCUAUAGGAAACAUGACCAGAUUAAAGAUCCUUUACCUUUGGGGUAAUCAAUUAUCUGAUUUUAUUCCUCUUGAGAUUGGAAAUCUACUUGAUGUUACUGAUCUCGAACUCUCAAUAAACCUUUUAACAGGUCCCAUUCCUUCUUCUAUAGGAAACAUGAUCAAAUUAGAGAUUCUUUACCUUUGGGGUAAUCAAUUGUCUGGUUUUAUCCCUUCCUCUAUAGGAAACAUGACCAGAUUAAAGAUCCUUGAUCUUUCGAAUAAUCAAUUGUCUGAAAUUAUUCCUUUUGAGAUUGAGAAUCUAAUUGAAGUUACUCAUCUCUCACUCUCGAUAAACUUUUUGAUUGGUCUCAUCCCUUCCUCUAUAGGAAACAUGACCAAAUUAAAAGUUCUUUAUCUUUCGAAGAAUCAAUUGUUUGGUUUUAUUCCUUUUGAGAUUGGGAAUCUAAUUGAACUUACUGAUCUCCAACUCUCAACAAAUCUUUUGACUGACUGGGCAAAAUGGCACAAUCUGACGCUCUUCAGAAUCUCAAAUAACAACAUCACCGGAGUCAUACCCACCGAGUUUGGGCAGUUGACGAAACUGGGAGAGCUGGACCUCUCUUCCAACUACCUACAAGGAGAGAUCCCAAAGAGCUUCGCCAGCUUAACCCUUCUCUACAGUCUGAGCUUGGGCAACAACCAACUCGUCGGCCAUGCGCCUCCGGAGAUUGGAAUGCUGUCCAAUCUUGAACUGCUUGAUCUCUCAUCCAACAACUUGGCAGGAAGAAUCCCAGAUCAAUUAGGCAACUGCAUGAAACUCCGAUCGUUGAAGCUUAACAACAACAACUUUAGUGGAACCAUUCCUUUGGCCAUUGGUAAUCUGGUGUACCUCCAAGACACCUUUGACAUCAGCCAGAACUCACUAACAGGGGAGAUUCCAUCCCAACUCGGCAAGUUGGUGAUGCUGCAAAGCCUGAAUCUAUCGCAUAAUUCCUUCUCGGGUCAUCUUCCAUCUUCGUUAACGUAUAUGACGAGCUUGUCUACCGUAGAUGUAUCCUACAAUGAACUGGACGGCCCUGUUCCUGAUAGCCCAGCUUUCCGAAGAGCCCCGGCAGAGUGGUUUGCCCAUAACAAUGAUCUGUGUGGAGUUGUUCGAGGAUUGCCUCCGUGUGUUUCACUCGGUUCUCCAACAAAAGAUGACCGAAGCAAGCGCCACAAAGUGGUUGUAAUAGCCAUCAUUGCUUCCGUCGUCUUCUUCCUUCUCUUGUUUAUUUUCAUUGCAGCUGCUUUACGAUUGAACAAGAGAAAGAGGCCGCCAGUACCUGUCGAUGAUAAUCACAUCAAAGAAGUUGCAUUCUCUAUAUUGAAUUUUGAUGGAAGAGACGUAUACAAGGACAUCAUCGAAGCCACCGAAGAUUUCGAUGGCAAAUACUGUCUCGGAAGUGGUUCAUAUGGCAGAGUCUACAGAGCAGAGUUGGCAAGUGGGGAGCUGCUAGCGGUGAAGAAGAUUCACCUACCAGACACUGAAGGUACAUGCGACGAGCAACCCUUUCAAACUGAGAUACAAACUCUUACUCAAAUUCGACAUCGCAAUAUCGUCAAGCUUUACGGGUUCUGCUCCUCUCCUCGACACAAAUUUCUGGUGUUCGAGUACAUGGAGAGAGGAAGUCUGGUAUCUGUCCUCCGAAGCGAGACGGGAGCUGAAUUGGACUGGGUGAAGAGGGUGAGCAUCGUGAAGGAUGUCGCCUGUGCUUUAUCCUACAUGCAUCAUGACUGCACACCACCCAUCGUUCAUCGGGAUAUCACAAGCAACAACAUUCUACUUGAUUCAGAAUUCAAGGCUUGCACACGGGGUUACCUAGCACCAGAGCUUGCAUAUACAAUGAGAGUGACCACCCAAUGCGACGCGUACAGUUUCGGAGUGGUGACGCUGGAGUUGCUGAUAGGAGCGUAUGAUGAAGUACUCAUUUCCAUUCUGUCGUCUUCGCCGAUCAACGAUAGCUUUGUGAAAGACGUAUUGGACCGACGUCUACCUGUUCCUGAGGGUCAAGUUGCGGAUGAAGUAGUUGCAAUUUUGAGCUUGGCUCUUCGUAGCGUGGACAACAGCCCUGAAUCACGCCCGACAAUGAAACAGGUCUCCGACAAGUUAUGCGUGGUCAGAACACCCCCACCAAGCCUCCGAUCUAUUGAUGAAUUGAAAUUUUCUGACUUGAUGAGCGUGGAGAUAUGA